AUGACUCCGAAGAUGUUUGAGAACAUCCGGUCUGGCAUAGUGUUCAACGUCACCUUCACCCGUCACCACACCUUCAACCUCCACUCUUCACACCUCUCGCGCGCCUAUUGCAUGACGCACCUCGUCGCGCACCUCUCCAUUGCCUUUGACAACAUGUUCGGGUACACGCUCAAGUAUCCUCCCCGGGGCUUCGCUCCCCCGGAAGCAGGAUCUGUGAAGAAGCAACCUGGUGAAGAGAACGCAGAACAACGCGCCAUUCGCGCGGAAAUUCGGUACAAUCUACAGGAGAGCAGGGCGCAGUUCCGCCAUGUGCGCAAUGUGCUGGACAGCUGCUUUGGUGAUGAUGAGGUGGCCGAUAAAGUCACGCCUGACCCGCAAGGCGACCGGGGGGACAGGGCGGAAGUGGAGGCUCUCGUCAACAAACUGCUGAAGACAAAACCCGGAGCUGCUCAUCCAGCUCCUCCAGCUCCUCCACAUCCUCCACGCUCACCUUCGCCACGACCGUCGACAUCCGCAUCACCACAUCACGGUCUGGGCAUCAUCUUGCCCGAGCUCGCACCAGACAUGCCUGAUUCUCCUUUCUUUCUCGCUCGGACGCAUGGCCCUAGCACGGGUCGCCUCCGCCGUCGUGCGUCGUCGCCGGAGCUCUUCGACAUGCAGAGAGAGUCAUCGUCAUCUCCCACUCCAACCGUCGCACAGCGUCAGUUUCCUCGUCGCCCGACCUUGGAUGAGCGUGCUGCAUCUUCGUCGCCGUCCGAGCUUGCUGCAUCCUCAUCGCCGUCCGAGCUCGCUGCAUCUUCGUCGCCGUUCGAGCAUGCUGCGUCUUCGUCACCCUUCGAGCUUGCUCCGUCUUCGUCACCCUUCGAGCUCGCAGAACCAUUGUCGACUGUCGAGCGAACCUCCUCAUCCGCAUCCUCAAGCCUCGAGCCGGACUUGCCCACAUUGACUUUCGCACCGCGACAAGUCCUCCGUCGUCCCACUCUCGCUGAGCGAGCGGCUUUUGCGUCGCCGCAUGAGUUGGAAGGACCGUUCGUCUCGGUGUUUGAAUCCUCCUCAUCAUCUACCUCGACCAUCGAUCAGGGAAGUUCCUCGCCAGCACCACUCCCGAUCUUGGCCAGGCGUCAGUUUCCAUGUCGUCCAACCCUUGCCGAGAAAGCAGCAUCUGCGUCCCCCUUCGGGCCAACAGAAGCAUCGUCGUCGACCACCGAUCAUGGAAGCUCCUCGCCAGCACCACUCUCGAUCUUGGCCGGGCGUCAGUUUCCACGUCGUCCAACCCUUGCCGAGAGAGCAGCAUCUGCGUCCCCCUUCGGGCCAGUACAAUCAUCCUUGUCGACCAUCGAUCAAGGAAGCUCCUCGCCAGCACCACUCUCGAUUUUGGCCGGGCGUCAGUUUCCGCGUCGUCCAACCCUUGCGGAGAGGGCAGCAUCUGCGUCCCCCUUCGGGCCAGUAGAAACAUCCCCGUCGACCUUCGAGUCAGACACCUCCUCACCAUCGCCCAUCUCAACGUUCGCGGAGCGUAGUUUUCCUCGCCGCCCAACUCUUGCGGAUCUUGCAGCGUCUUCAUCGCGUGCUCGAGCUGUGACCGCGGGUCAAUUCCCUCGCCGUCCAACCCAUCAAGAGCUUUCAUCUUCGCCAUCACCAUUCCAGCGUCGGGCCUCAUCGCCGUCCCCACCGUCAGCACUGCAGCAAGAGAGGCGUCCACCGAGCGUGACGUCGGACACUACCAUCAAGCCAGUCUACCCACUCAUCGAGCAAAACCUCAAAGUCCUCAGCCGCAGCCCACCCGAUCUCAAGGAUCAUCCCGCGAUCUCAGGCGUCAUCCGGCAGGCUGAAUACCGUCACCCCCACGUCCCGAGCUACCUGUUUGGCAACUCCUUUCGAGAGCGAGACAACCGUGGUCGGCCAGAAGGUCGUGCCUACCCCGACUUUACGAACCCAUUCCCAGCUGGUAAACUCCCUAAAGACUUCGAGGACGACAACACACGUGGGCAUGACAAGGUUCGCGCACUUCUCGUCGCGCGUUGGGAGGCAGAGAAACCACGCCGUAAAGCCUCUUCGCCUGAGCUGGUCACCGCCUCUGAGUCCGUCAAGGAACAUGUGCUCCAGCGUCAGGCCACCGCGACGGACGCAUCUGAGCCGAAGACAACUCGUCCAAGCCUCAAAAGCGCUUUUAGCUUCAACAUCCUCGCCAAGUCUCCAGAGGAUACUCGCGACGGUAACUUGGAACGCCAGAACUCUAAGCCGCUCUUCUCUUUCAGGUCCAAGGGCAAAGAGAAGGCCAAAGACGCACCCGCUCCGUUCGACGCUCCCCCUCCGUCCGAAGUUCCUGCUCCUUCUGACGCUCCCACGCCGUCCAAACACGAGAUCCCGUGCGACAAGGCGUUACGCAUUACUAACGAAGUGCUGAAAGAGUUGAAUGGUCUUGCAGGCAUCAGUCAGUCCGGCACAUUCGAGAAUGAGGCCACCUUACACACCCACAUCAACCGCUUUGACGCCGCAGAGGUGGUAGCACGUACUCACGAAAAGCUGGUCAAUGCAGGCCAGUACCUCCUCAGCCCCGUUCGCGGCAAGAAGGACGAGUCGAAGAAGCGUGGUUCAAACAAGGCCACCAAGGGUGAGACUGUCGGCCCAUAUAGCGAAGCUACGUCACGCGCACGGCAGAUGGAGGACGUAAACAAGCAGAAGAUGGAGAAUAUGAAGCUGCCUCCCGGUGCCUUCGAGGCCUCCUGGGCGGUUUGGUUCGUUGAAUGGGCGGAGCAAUGGGCCGAGGAGCACCACAAGAUCCUCAAGAAGGAGCAGGAGGAGGUCGAAGAGCUGUACCCCACCGCCGCCAAAGAAGGAGAAGUUCUCGACCUUUCGCCGUAUAUGGACUUCCCAGCCGCCGACAGGGAGAUGCUCGCCGCCACGUCGCCCACCCCCAGCGACGACUAUGACCUCUAUGCGUCCCCCUCCGCGUCCCGCCCGAGACAGCAAGGCACCCCCCUCGCGGAGAAAGUCGACGCUUGGCAAGCUUCUUUGGCUGAGAGCGCCUACCGCGAGCAGCACCGACAGGCCUCGACGCAGCGACGAAUGUCAGAAGAAGCGACCAAAAUGGUCGAGUGGGAGCACGAGCUGGGCGAAAUGGCCGCCAAAGCGUACGAGAAAGAGUCCACCCAGCGUGCUGUAAUGGAAGAAGAAGGCCCCGAAGCCCCCACGUCGUCUGCCCUCCCGUCGCCCUCCCGGGACUUAAAGUCCUGGAACGCACGCGCGCGCCCCCGCCCCCGCCCCAUCACGCGCAUCUCGUCCCCACGCGCCCUGAUGCUUCCGGCGGUUGUUGCGGGAACAAUGACCCACGACGAGGCCCUUUGCGCCGCUUCUUCCCCCUCCGGCCCCCCUCCACGUGGUGCGCCGCCGGCCCCCUCCGCGUCCCGGAUUCCCCGCUACACUGGCCCGCAGCGUGGUGGCGAUAGUAACUUCUUCUAA